AUGUACACAAUAAACAAACCUACAAAAGAAGCCCUUUCGGAUAUGGGCUUUGGGCCUUGGAAUUUGGGCUUUGGGUGUAUGUUUACUUGUGAAAUAGUAGUAAUCUUCUUUACGACCUCUAAGCGGAUCAGUUAG